GGCCCAGCGCGAGUCUUUCCGGGAGUUGUAGUUCUUGGAGCUCUGCUGGGGACGCCGGGAAGGACCAGUGGUCAGAGGCCAGGAGCGGCAGUUGGGCUUGGUCGAGGCUGCUGACGCUAUGUCCCGCGUGUCGGUGCCCUGCCAUGUGAAAGGCACGGUGGCCCUGCAGGUGGGCGACGUGCGAACCUCCCAAGGCCGGCCUGGUGUGCUGGUCAUCGAUGUCACCUUCCCCAGCGUCGCGCCCUUCGAGUUACAGGAGAUCAUGUUUAAGAAUUACUACACAGCCUUUCUGAGCAUCCGUGUUCGCCAGCACAGCUCACCGCACACACCGGCCAAGUGGGUGACUUGCCUGCGGGACUACUGCCUCAUGCCCGACCCGCACAGUGAGGAGGGAGCCCAGGAGUAUGUAUCGUUGUUCAAGCACCAGAUGCUGUGUGACAUGGCCAGAGUACUGGAGCUGCGCCUGAUUCUGCGACAGCCAUCACCACUGUGGGUGUCUUUCACAGUGGAGGAACUGCAGAUUUACCAGCAGGGACCAAAGAGUCCCUCCAUGACCUUCCCCAAGUGGCUCUCCCACCCAGUGCCUUGUGAGCAGCCUGCUCCCCUCAUUGAGGGUCUCCCAGACCCCAGCAGGGUAUCCUCUGAGGUGCAGCAGAUGUGGGCGCUGACAGAGAUGAUCCGGGCCAGUCACACCUCCACAAGGAUCGGCCGCUUUGAUGUGGAUGGCUGUUACGACCUGAACUUGCUCUCCUACACUUGAACUGUGGCUGUUAGCCAAGAUGUUGGCCUUCCGUGCCCACCCAGACCCGGUUUGGGCCACCAGAGGCUGGAGUGCUUUCCCUGUGCAUUCUGAGUGUUGCCUGCAUGCUCACUGGGUCUGGGCCACGUUCACAGAUUCAAGAUUCCUGAGGGCUCACUGUGUUGCUUCAGCAUGAGCUCUCGGCAGGGGUGUACUCUGCCCUCAUCCGACUGUAACCCAAAACUCCUUUUCCUAACCCUAAAAACAUUUCAGUUCUACAUACUAAGAAUCCCCUUGUGCCCUCUGCUCCUUCUGCCAAAAUGCACAUUUCAGACUCCUGCCUGCUCCUUCA